AUGGAGCACAAUAGAAAGAGACUAGCAAAAAGGCUUCCCUUAACAGAAACUAGCGCCAAUGUGCCGCUGCCAGUACUUAAGAAGCCCAAGCUCAGGGCUAUCACGACUGGCUUGGACAAGGAUCAAAACAAGGAGAACCACGUUGAAGGUGGCGAGAAGGAACGUGUAGCUCGCCAGGACCCAGAAGAUGAUCGAGAAGAAAAAACAGAAAAGUCAGACAAGACAAAAUCUGCCAGGCUCGUGGGCGAUGAAUUGAAGAGCUGGCAGUCUUCAUGGCGUAAGAUUAUGCGUGAAUCCGUGGUAUAUUUCGACACACAGGGCUGUGACACCAGUAAUCAAGCACAAUACCAAGAACAGAAAAGAGCCCAGCGAGCAUUGAAACUGGUGGGAUGCGAUAUCGUACCUUUCUAUGACAGAGAUGUCAGCAUCAUCGUCAGCAGAAGACCUUUCAAUAGUGCCAGAACGUAUGCGGCCAAUGACAUAUUCAAUGACGCCGUCAAUCUUAAAAUUAAGGUGUGGGAUUACGAUAAGGUGUUUCGUUUUCUUAAAAACUUGGGAGUUUCAGAAACGGUCACCAGUGAGCGCAGCGGAAACUUGUUGCACUUGUUAAAAGAAGAGAAGAUCUUCGGCUCCACAGACAGAGACCCCAAUGCUCGACGCGACGAUUUGUACUACUUAGAGAAGAAUUUCUUGUAUGUGUACGAUCUUUCACAGGCAGUUCGUCCAAUCGCCGUGCGUGAAUGGCUGAGUAACUCAUUCCCAUCGUUUCACAUGACCCUAGAUGGCAAAUGUCCGUUUAUUCCAGAUACUUCUGAUAAUCUGGAGCGGAAGAAAUUGCGUCGUCAGCAGAAGUUCGAAUCUACCAAAGAAUACCGUGAACAUCUCAAAAAAGUCUCAUAUGACAUAAUCAGCAUGGCCAAGGAUGGCUUGACCGGAGAGUCUGCCCUCACUGAAACAAAUACAAGCACGAAUUCUCUGGAUCAUGAUGAAGACAAAACACAAGGUUCUGAAGAUGGAGCCAACGACACCAUUGCCGAGCAGAAGACUUCCAGCGAUAAGAGGAUCUUGUCGCUUUACGACUUUAAGGCACCGGGCUUAAUGAGAAAUUCUUCAGUCUUCCCGCAGGGCAACAACUCAAAUUCAAAGUUCUACGAUGUCGCUGCAUCAGGCUACAACGGUGCAUCCAAUGCCAUGCAAUACUCGAUGGAUUCGACUUUGAACAGUACUGCCCAGCAGCAGGCGGCGCAGGGUAACGGAUUGGGACCUGCAGUGUCUCAAGUGCCUUCUAAGAACAUCAACAACUUGAAAAGACGCAUCUUCAUGAAGAGGCAGUUGCAAAAGCCAGAGGCCAGGGAGCGCGAGAAAGAAUACAAACCAGGCUACUGUGAGAACUGUCGUGUCAAGUAUGACCAUUUCGACGAUCACAUCGUUUCCAACCGCCACCGUAACUUUGCAUGCAACGAUAAGAAUUUCAGAGAAAUCGACGAACUCAUUGCUACAUUGAACGAGAGUAAGUCCAUGGGCUACGUGUCGUCUAACGGUGACUUCAGCUUUGCCAGCUAA